AUGGGUAAAAGAAAAUCUUCGGCCAAACCGCAAAAGAAGAUAAAGCAAAAGUUAGAUAUAACGUUUUCGUGUUUGUUUUGCAAUCAUGAAAAGUCAGUCAUUUGUACAUUAGAUAAAAAAAAUUCAUUAGGUGAAUUGCAUUGCAAGAUAUGCGGUCAAAGUUUCCAAACAGCUAUCCAUUCAUUGUCUCAACCAGUAGAUGUAUAUUCCGAUUGGAUUGAUGCUUGUGAAGAUUUAGCAGAAGAAGCCGAAGCUACUGGUACUGUACCCGAAGAAGACAAUGGAGAAUAUAGUGAUGAAGAGUACGGCGAUUCAAGAAAGAGCAGAGACCCAGCACUUGAAUCCGAUGAAGAUGAUUAUUAA